GCUUCUGACCGCACGUCCUGCCCACGGCUCAUUCCUCUGCCCACUUUCUCUAAGUACGGGCAUGCGUAAGAAUAGAACGGAUGAUGAACUCUUUUGUAAAAUGGGCGCUUAUCCUGUUCGUCCUCGUCUCCAUCAUUCUCAACAUUGUCCUGAUCGGCAUCCACACAAGCAGGGCACCUAAAUGUUCCACUCAGCGUGUCCACCCGCUGAAGCGCAACCACGACGAGCGCAGCCUCGUUUUCGCUGACCUCAGCCGGCAGGAGUACUUGCAGGUCCAGCAGUUCAUGCUCAAGCAGAAAGACCUGGACAUAUCCACCAACCAGAACACCAAGCCAUGGGAAAAUUUCUUGUUUUUAAUAGAUCUAUCUCUGCCCAAAAAAGCGGACGCGCUGGCUUACUUAGAUGGGAAAGGCGCAAAGCCGGAUAGAGAGGCUACCGUGGUGGUCUUCCACGGCGCAAAAGGCUACAUUAAGGAGUACGUAGUGGGGCCUCUCCCCAACCCGACAUACUACAAAGAUGUCACCAUUGAGAGGUACAACAUGGAACUGCCUAUCACUGCGCGCACGGUCACCAUCGGGGAAUACGAGUUACUUUUUAAAUAUGUGGGUGAGGUCUUCUCCAAGUUGGGAAAGCUCAUGAAAGAGAGCUUCGACGUAGAUCAGAACAAGAAGGUGAACGCGUUCGAGCAGAUGCCCCGUGGAAUUAGAUCCGGGGACAGACAUACCUGGAUAUCUUUCUUUAGGGAUAUGAGCGGCAUGUACAUCCACCCGGUGGGCUUCGAGCUGCUGAUCAACCACGAGAGCGUCAAUGCGUCUGAAUGGAAAGUGGAGCGGCUGCUUUAUAACGGCCAAUAUUUCGAUACUGUAGAUGAGCUUAGAGUGAAAUAUGAUGCGGGGUCUAUUAAGAAAAUAGUUUACAAGGAGACACCUGACUACGGUUCACUGAAACCCAGGCACAAGCCUCUGCAGAUCGGCCCGCAGCUGUUUAACGCAGAGGGGAAGCGCUAUAGCAUCAGCAACAACCAUGUCCUGUACCUGGACUGGAGUUUCGCCUUCGGGCUCAGCUCUGUCACAGGCUUGAGGGUGUUUGAUGUGCGUUUCAAAAAUGAAAGGAUAGUCUACGAGCUGAGCGUGCAGGAGGCCAUGUCAGUCUACGGUUCAGUGACUCCGGGGAUGAUUCUGACAAAGUUUCUGGACGCGAGCAUCGGGAUAGGGCGCUUCGCACACGAACUGGUCCGUGGUGUAGAUUGCCCCCAUGAAGCCACCUACGUGGACACAAACCGCUACAUGGAUGUUCCAGUCCCAGUCAGAUAUAAGAAUUCAUUCUGUGUGUUUGAGCACAACAUGGGUCAGCCCCUGCGUCGGCACUUUUCGGACUUUUUCUCCAAUAGUUACGGGGGGAUGGUAAACAGCGCCCUGGUGGUUAGGACCAUCACAGCAAUUGGAAACUAUGACUACAUGUGGGAUUUCAUCUUUUACCAGAGUGGCUCAGUGGAGGCCAAAGUUCACGCCACCGGCUACAUCUCCUCUUCUUACCUAGUGGAUGGUAGUCUAAAGUAUGGCCACCAGGUCGCCGAGAAAGUGCUGGGGAACAUCCACACCCAUUUUAUCAACUUCAAAGUGGACCUAGAUGUGUUGGGAGUGAAUAACUUUUUCCAGACGAAAGACAUGGAAUAUGCCAAUGUGUCUAUACCAUGGAUGCCUGAUCACUAUGCUAUGGUUCCUCAGCUGGUGGAGAAGCAACUUAAAACAGAACAGGAGGCAGCUCUGCGUUAUGACACUAAGACUCCUCGCUACCUCCACAUCGCCAGCAAUAAGACCAACCGCUGGGGUCACCAUCGGUCCUAUAGGCUGCAGGUCUUUAGCUUCACCGGGGACCACCUCCCAGAGAGCCAGGCCGAGGAGAGAGCCAUGUCCUGGGCCAGGUAUAAGGUUGCCAUCACCAAGCAUAAGGAUUCAGAGCAAUUCAGCUCCAGUCUUUACAAUCAGAACAACAUCUGGAAUCCAGCUGUAGACUUCAGCAAGUACAUUGAAGACAACGAAAACAUUGAAGACAAGGACCUGGUUGCCUGGGUGACCACCGGCUUCCUCCACAUCCCCCACUCUGAGGACAUCCCCAAUACGGUAACUGUGGGCAAUGGGGGCGGGGUCCUUCUCCGGCCCCACAACUAUUUUGACGAGGACCCGUCUAUCCACUCCGCUGAUAGUGUGUACAUCAACCCGGGCAGUGAGGACAGCUGUGAGAACAAUAGGAUGGCCUGCCUUGCUCAAGAGACCUGCAGCCCCGUCCUUGAACCCUUCACCUACAACGGCUUUGACGGAGUCAUGAAGUUUGAAGAUUAGGUCUAGUCUAUUGUGCACGGCCAGCAAAUUUGAAUAUUUGAACUACAUGUGUUGCUGCAAGAAAAUAAGUAUUGAAAAAUACUUAUGGAAAACAUGCUUACUUACUUGGUGUUUCUGAAAGUGCGAGGAGAAAAUCAAUACCCUCUCAUAUUUGCAGAUUGUUAUCGAGCUUCUCCUCUCCUUCUUGGAUGGAAAGAAAAUAAUCUGAUUUCUCAAAAUGUCGAAAUAUUUUUUUUAAUAGUCAGUUAUUAGCUUAUAUGACCACAAAAUUGUAGCGAAUAAAAGAACUUCCUCACACUAAUAGAGUCCUCUACAGAUUCCACCUGUCCUAGUGAUGCUGGUGCAGACACUGGUGGGGAACCUUCUCACAAAGUUCAGCGUGAAUAUCAUAACUGUCUCCCUAAAAUAGCAACUGUUCUGGGUCCUUCUGGGUUCGAUGCUUGGUGACAAAUAUGGCCAAUUCAAUGACACAAUUAUAAUCCGUGAAACCCAAUCAAAACAUCUUAACAUGUCAAAGAAAUAGAAAUUCAGCAUUUAGUCAAAUCAUUGUGUGUCUCAAAACAUAGUGACCACACUACCUCUGACAUUUCAUUACCUCUACAAAUCACCCUCAACUUACCUCUGCCACUCUAGCGCUUUUCAACUUAAACAUCACAAACAUUAAACUUAAAAAGGCUCAUAAAUAUUGACUUUACCAGAAGUCCCCAUGUAAAGCUAGUACUGUGCAAAUAUGGCUUUAGCUGUACUUAGUCAUUAGUGCUAAUAAGCAAAUGUAAGCAUUUGACUAGUAUUACCUGGGGACCUUGAGUAAUUUGUAAUAAUUAGGGAGAUGGUCUGUGGCCUUACUCCCGUGUGAAUCUACCAUGUUUGUAAUUCGUCAAGUAAAAAUUCCAUUGCGGAUUACCUCCCGUAUUUUGCCAAACAAAGGGGAUGUCUGACAAUAUUAGUCCCUUGAGAAUCCGCAUCUCUGUGAUGCUCAUGAAUGAAAGUUUAUGAUUAUGAUUAUGUCAGUAAAUUCAAAUAAAAUACAGACUUUGCCUAUCCCGUGCAAAUGUGCUGCCAAAAACAUAGAUGUGUGGUGUGAUAACUAAAUCACAUGAGGUUCGUGGUAAUGCAAGUCCUGUGAAACUCGGCUUAAGAUGGUAAACAUGGACAUUAGAGUGUUAGCAAUCCUUUUGCGCUGGUUUGCAUGCUGAUGUUAGCCUUUAACUCAAAUAACUACUGUGCAGCUUUACGGAGCCAUUAGCAUGGCUGUGGACUUGUAGUGUUGUUGUACCUGUUUUUUUUUUUGGGGGGGGGGGGUAUUGACACACUGCAAUCCAUGCAGUGACAGAAUUUUUGUUUUCUUAUUUUUACUUAAGUAAUUUUGUCUGUAAAACUGAAGAAUACAUUGUCAUUGUUUGAAAAAAAACAACUUUAUUGGCUAAUUUACAACUUACCUAACGUACAACACUUUUCACUGCAAGCAGAUAUUUUAUCAGUAAUAAUUUUUGACUGGGAUUGAUAGGUAAUAUUUUUCAAAACCAUAUGAUUACAUCCAUAGGAAUGUGAAUAGGACUUUGCUAGCAAAGAGGCUUUUCAGUAACAUUUACAAUUCUUUCUGCUUUGAUGGCAGGAACCACUAUAUGAACAUGAAGUCAAAAUGUAUCCAAAUGGAAUUGGGAGAGACAAAAUUGUUAGUUUCUGUAUCUCCAUUUCUUACUUAUGAACCACUGUACACUGUACAACUGUGAUUUUGUUGAUUUUUGAAAACCUUGUAUAUCUAUAACCGUUGGUUUUCAGGAAAUGAAAAAAGGCUAAUUUGAAAACAUUUUAUUGAUAUAUACAUUGUAAACUGUGACACUGUAGUAGACUGUGUGUAAUAGCGAGCACUGACAAAAAUGAUCAUCCAGUCUCCUUAGCAGGAUCGCUCUCUGAUGUGGCCCAAGGUUGGGACUACUGACCAUCUGAAUGGUUUUUUUUGUAUAAUUUUUAUGCAGUGCAACAUUCUGAAGAAUGUUGUUGUUUCCUCUAAAAAUUAAAUAAUUAUUUGUCCAAGAA